AUGGCGACCUCGAACGGCCAUGACCCAUGCUUCCCAAACCCCAUAUACCAGCAUGUCAAGGACUGGGCUGCCAAGCAGGAGGCUAUUGAGAAGGAGACCAAAGCACCGGCCCCUCUGAACGACGUCGAGCGGGCGUUCCUCGAGGGGCUGCUCAAGCCGUCGCCAUCGCUAUCGCCAGCCCCGGAUGACGGGAAGGACUAUGUCAGCCUGCUAUUCCAGUACAGACAGGCGAAGCCUGCCGGCCACAAGACCAACUUUGUCGAUGGCGCGCAUCCCAUCCCAAACGCUCAAGGGAGCGCUCAAUGGACCUGCGCGGUCGAGCUCAGCGAGACUUCGGUCUAUGAGCCAAGGAUCAAGUCAUUUCCAGCUGCCGGGUUCGGUCUCGACGCGACGGGCUCCUGCCCGCCGUUCGCAAAAAAGAAGGAUGCUAAGCAAUAUGCCGCCAAGUGCGCAAUGGAGUGGCUGGCUAAGCAUGGUCUCUUGCCCCCUCAUCUAAGACUCCCCGUCGCUCCCCAGGAAACCCUCGCAGUCCUGCAGAGCCAGCCGCCCAAGCGUCCGAACGAGGGCAGCAACGGCGUGCUGUCGCCGGCCCCGAAGCGUAAGCCCACGGGGACCAACUUCACCGUAGACGUCAACGAUGACAGCCCCUCGGCUGCACAGCGUGUAUCGAUGCUCUGCCAAAGCAUGGGCCUGCAGGCACCGAGCUACAAGCUGACGCCCGCACAUGAGGGCAUUAAUUUUAUCUACAAUGGGUACGUGGACUUUGGCCAGGACGAGGACGCCUUCGACUUACCCGAGGACGUGGGGCAGAUUGCAGGCGUGAUGGGUAAGGAUACCGCGAGACAAGACAUGGCUGAGCAGCUGCUGCCGCACCUCCUGAAGAUGUAUCGGGAGAGGUGCGGAGAGUAUGCGUCGCACAUGGCCUCACUUCCAUCGUAG